AAGAAGUUUAGAAGAAAAACUUAGUGGCACCUAAAAAGCACAUAAAGGGAAAAAAAAAAGGAAAAAAAAAAAGAGGAAGAGAAGCCAAUACACAAGAGUUUGUUAAUUUAUACUUCAAUAUUUCUAGUUGCUUAAUAAUUAAGGGUUAGGCAUAAGACCCAUGUCAGCUUUCACAUCAAAUAGUGACUUGAAAUAUGAGUUUGUAAAGUACUUUGAUUUUAUGACUUAUUGAGUAAUUUGGUGCUUUUAUCGCAAAUGUUAGUAUUCAUGUCAAAAGACAAAUGAUAACUUCGAGAAGAAUGUGUUGUAUGGCUAAAGAAAAAAAACAAAAGAAAAGAAAAGUCAAAUCUUUUAUGGCCUUUGUUACCUGACCUUCAACUUCCUAUUCCCCCUACAAUGCUUCUUCUUCUUCUUUGAAUAAAAAAUUUUGCUAGUUAUUUCUUCUUUCUUAUCAGUGAUCGAUUGCUCGAUGGGUGUUCUUCCUACAACUUUUCUAGUAAGAAAUCAGCCAUGUUUCUCAUCUUUUCAUCUUUGAUUUGAAGUGAGUUAGCUCUAAUUAUUUAGGGUUUUAAAUUUUGGGAGUGUGUCUGUAGUUUCCCCCUUAAUUUCGCACAUAAUCUAGCAUCAUUAGAUCUGAUCCCUCUUUCUGUUGCAAAUUUGGGUAACAUGACCUUGUAGUAGUAUUUUUUCCAUAACUCUUUUUAUAGUUAUUGGAUUAAGUCAAUUUUUCAUUCUAUAGAAAGCUAAGAGAUAGCCAUACAAUUUUUAUGUUGGACAUUUAACCCAAUUAAGCUGUUUUGAUGGUGAAAACUUUGCUGCAACUUCGAUUUCCACUGAUGAACUUAGCUAGCAGUCCGAUCCUAAGUCAGUAUUUUGGCUAUAACUUUCUCUAUAGAUGUCAGAUUAAGGUGAUUUUUGAGGAUAUAGAACGUUAAGACAUAGAGUUACAAGUUAUCUGUUGACCAUUUAGCCCAAAUUGGUCAAUUUCUAGGUGAAAAUUUUGUUGGAACUUCUAGUUCAGGAUUUGACCAGAACAGCUCUCAAAAAGUACCUAGAAAUUUGCCCUGUUUUUUGCCUUAUUCCUACAGUACCUACUACCAUAUUAUGUCAUGAUUUUACUAGAUAGUUAGCUGCUAUUUUCCUACUCUAAACCCCUCUGUUAUUGCUUUGUUUUGGCUGCCCUUUUGCUACUACAUUUUUUGCUUGAAUGACACCCUAUUUUGGUUGUAUUCUGCAUUGUUUUGCUACUGAUUGCACCCAGAAUUCUUCGCUGUUUCUGCCUAGAAAAUCCCUAUUAUUCAGGACUUUUUUCAAUCAUUUUAGAACUAUUAUAAAUAGAAAAAAUCCCCACCAUACUGCCUAGCUUUUGUGCUACUAAUUGUGGUAGUUUUGAGCUUGGUUUUCUCACAUUUUUCACUUUGUUUUGUCUAGCAAAUUGCCUAGUAAACCACCCAUAUGUAGAGUCUUUUGUUGCUAUUUUAGGCAUGUUUUAAGAAUGAUUAUGCAUAGGAAUAUAUAUGCAUAUAUUAAUAGGGUUUUAAUGGGUAUAGGUGACCAAGAUGGGUAGGAGGAAGUUGUUUCCUUGGUUAGGAACUUGAUUUUGGAAUUUGAAACCAAAUUAGUAAAUGAAGUAUGUUGUAAUCUCGUUUGUCCUUUGAUGUGGUUUAGGUUCUAAAUCACCUCAAACACCUUGAUUUCUUGAGUUCCUUGAUUAUUGUAUAGCGACAAGACGAGGUAAGCAAAAUUAUGGUAAAUACCCUUGUAUUUUAAAGUAAAUAUUUUUAAAGUAUAUUUUGAACUAUUUUUGAAGUGGUGGCGGGACUAAACUCAUUUUACACAAAAAUGAGCAUAAUUGGUUUAAAAUGAAAUUGUUAUCAUUUAUUGAUUUGAGCAUGCCUACUUGGAAUAUAUUGAAUUGUUCUGA